AUGAAUUCUGAAAAUGAAAGGCCUGAAUCCCCAUCUUUCGAAGAUCUCGGUUCUAGUAAUGACCUUUGCACCCGGCCAAAUGAUAUCGCCGGUCCCCACUACCAAACCACGUGCACUCUUCAAUCCCUUAAUCGAUUGGGAGAGCUUUGUCGGAUUCUGGCUGAGAUUAUGAAAGACUCGCAGAUGCCGGAGCCCACUGAAUCACCGGAGGACCACCGUCCCGGGUUCUUUUGUGUAAACGAGAUCUACUUCAAGGGUUGCGGUUUGACUUUUCCCCUUCCCGGAGCCCUCGUUCGAUACUUAUUAGCCCUCGAAAUUGCCUUGCCCCAAUUAACCCCUAACCUCCUCCGGACUAUUCUAGGGAUUAUUACUAUCGCGGCGGAAGCCGGAUAUGUCAUCGGAGUUCCCGAACUGAAUGAACUUCUUAGCGUGAGGAGUUCUUCGAAGAAAGUGGGAUACUUCUCGGUUAUCCGAACGCCAACAAGAACCUCAUCUCGCAUCUUCCUAAUAAAGACGAGAACUGGCAUCACCCGUGGUUCUUUAUUAGUCAUGUUUACUUUGUAA